AGAUAAUAGUACUAUGACUAUAAAUAUUAGUACUGAAAUCCCAGUAUCUACUAACUUAAACAAUUAACCUUUAAAAGAGAUGAUGCUUAGAAGUUCAUCAACACCAGUUCUUGGAUCUCUCCUCUCUUCAUCUUCUUAUUCAUCAGAAAGUCCCAAUCAUGAAAACAACAACAAAAACAACUCUGAAUUAAAUAAAAUCUCAUUCUCUCAUGGAGGUACUAACUUUAACUCAUUUUCUUGCAGUAUUUCAUCACCAUUAAGUCGUUAUAAUAGUGGGUUUUCUGAUUCAUCAGAUAGAGAAGCUAGCAGUACUAAUAAAAGUUUUAGAAGAGCUCAAUCUGAUGGGAAUUUAGGAGAACUUGCUGCUGCUGCAUCUGGUGGUGGUGAUACUGAUAUUCAAGAGUUUAAUCGUUUUCUGUCAAACCCUUCUUCCCCUUUUAAAUCCGCAAAAAGAAGUUCAAUGUUGCAGUCAAUUCCUUCACUCUCUGAUUUUAAUUGGAGAAGAGGGUCUGAAGAAGAUGAUUAUGUAGAAGAUGAGAUUAAAAAUGAUGGGUUUUUACCGAGGUCUGUAACAAUAGGAGAAAAUAUUAUGUCUAUUGGAAGUGCUGAAUUCACUUAUGGUGAGAAAAUGGGUCUCAUUGAAGAGAAGGAAGAAGACAAGUUUAAUGAAUUUCAGUACUUGGGUCAAGAAAAUCAUAUGAACCCAUCAUUGUUUCUUGCAAAAGGGCUUGGAAUUGAUGUUAAUGGCGGUGGUGGUGGUGGCGGCGGCGGUGGUUUUGAUUUUGCAAAGUUUGGAGAAGGUGGUGUUCAGAAUGAAGAAGAAAUUGGAGAGUAUUAUAAGAAGAUGGUGGAGGAGAAUCCUUCUAGUGCAUUGUUUCUAAGAAAUUACGCUCAAUUUCUUCAUAAGUCCAAGGGAGAUCUUUGGGGAGCUGAUGAAUACUACUCUCGAGCAAUACUAGCAGAUCCUCGAGAUGGCGAAAUCUUAUUGCGAUAUGCUAGGUUGGUUUGGGAGCUUCAUCAUGAUUAUGCAAGAGCUUGUAGCUACUUUGAACGUGCAGUUCAAGCUGCUCCUGAGGAUAGUCAUGUUCAUGCGGCUUAUGCAAGAUUCCUUUGGGAAUUUGGGGAUAGUGAUGAAGAAGAAGGAAGUAGCAUUUCACACAAUCUCAUUGGGAUUGCAAAUUUCCAGGGUGGAGAAGGCGGUGUUGUGAAUGAAGAAGAAAUUGGAGAGUAUUAUCAGAAGAUGGUCGGAGAAAAUCCUUGUAAUUCAUUGUUUCUAAGAAAUUAUGCUCAAUUUCUUUAUAAGUCCAAGGGAGAUCUAAGGGAAGCUGAUGAAUACUACUCCCGAGCAAUACUAAUAGAUCCUCGAGACGGUGAAAUCUUAUCGCAGUAUGCUAAAUUGGUUUGGGAGCUCCAUCAUGAUGACACAAGAGCUUGUAGCUACUUUGAACGUGCAGUUCAAGCUGCUCCUGAGGAUAGUCAUGUCCAUGCUGCAUAUGCAAGUUUCCUUUGGGAAGCAGAGGACUGUGAAGAAGAAGAAAAAGACCUUCAAAGUACCUUACCAAACAAUCUAGCAGGGGUAGCAAAUUUCCAGGGAGGUGCUCUGGCCUUGGCAACUGCUUGAUUCUAGUUAACUACAACAUUAGAUGCUCCCCCUGAUGUCAGACAAUAUUCAUUAGUCUCAUGCAGUCAAAAAGAGUUUAUCACACUUUACUUUGGUAACUUGAAAGCCUAUAAGACCAUGCAUGUUGUUGAUUCAGGAAGUUACGUUGCUUAACAGACUAUCGCGUUUCAUUUGUUUGAUUCAGAUAUUUUCACUAAUAUCAAUGCGAUCUUUAAGUCUUCAACGUUCAACAUACUUGAUGUUUUUAGUGUUAUCUCGU